CAUUUUCCCAGUUCCCAGAAGGCACUAGUGGUAGUAAUUCCUCAUCUAUUGGUGAAUUCUACGUCAAAGUUCAAAAAAUGUUUAACCUGUAUCUCUGAUCCAAUUCUAUAUCCAAGUUCUCUAAAACAUGGCUGAGGAGAAAACUUUGAAUGGAAGCAUGAUCAUGAAUACAGAGCAGGCUACCAUACGAGCCAGCUACUCCUCAAUCGUUGAUUCCAAAAGAGAGCCAGAAAACAUUAGAAAUGAGCAAGACACAAGCAAGAGGAUUGAUAAUAGCAGAAAUUCAGUGCCAUAUUACAAACUCUUUUCAUUCGCUGACUCCGUGGAUUACGUGCUAAUGUUUGCUGGCACAGCUGGAGCUAUUGCAAAUGGGAUGUCCAUGCCACUCAUGACACUUAUUUUUGGAAGUUUAGUUAAUUCUUUUGGAGGCUAUGGUAGCAACAAAGAAGUGGUUCGUGAAGUUUCCAAGUUUGACGAAUGAUAUCAUCAAGUAGCUUUGAACUUUGUAUACUUGGCUCUAGGGACUUCUGUUGCUUCAUUUUUACAGGUGGCUUGUUGGAUGGUCACUGGCGAAAGACAGGCUGCAAGAAUAAGAAAUCUUUACUUGAAAACGAUAUUGAGACAAGAAGUUGGCUUCUUUGAUAAGGAAAUUAACAGCGGAGAAAUUGUUGAGAGGAUGUCAGGUGAUACUGUGCUUAUUCAAGAUGCAAUGGGUGAGAAGGUGGGAAAGUGCCUUCAAUUAGUAGCAACAUUGUUAGGAGGCUUCAUUAUAGCAUUUGCCAAAGGACGGCUUCUCACCCUUGUUAUGCUCUCUUCAAUUCUUGUUCUUGGAAUCUCUGGUGCAAUCAUUGGUCUAUCUAUGACGAAGCUGGCUGCCCGUGGACAAGAUGCUUAUUCAGCAGCUGCAACCGUGGUAGAGCAAACCACUAGUUCAAUUAGAACAGUUGCAUCAUUCUUAGGGGAGAAACGGGCAAUAGAUAACUACAAGAAGUCAAUAACAACGGCUUACAAAGCUGGUGUGCAAUCGGGCUUGAUAUCUGGGUUGGGUGUUGGUUUUAUUAUGCUUAUUUUGUUUGGGAGUUAUGCUUUGGCUGUAUGGUAUGGUGGCAAAAUGAUAACUGAGGAAGGAUAUACUCCUCGAGAUGUUCUUAAUAUAAUGUUUGCUGUGUUGACUGGCUCAUUCUGUCUUGGUCAGGCAUCUCCAUGUAUGAGUGCAUUUGCUGCUGGACAGGCUGCAGCAUUUAAGAUGUUUGAGACUAUAAACAGGAAGCCGGAGAUAGAUGCUUAUGACAAUAACGGGAAACAAUUGGAUGACAUUCGUGGAGACAUAGAACUAAGAGACGUUCACUUUAGUUAUCCUUCAAGACCAGAUGAACAAAGUUUUAGUGGUUUUUCUCUUUCAAUUCCUAGUGGUACUACUGCUGCUUUGGUUGGAGAGAGUGGAAGUGGAAAAUCUACAGUGAUCGGUUUGAUUGAGAGAUUCUAUGACCCUCAGGCUGGUGAAGUCCUUAUAGAUGGCAUCAAUCUCAAAGAGUUCCAGCUGAAAUGGAUCAGACAGAAAAUAAGCCUUGUGAGUCAAGAACCUGUGCUGUUUUCUUCUAGCAUUAGAGACAAUAUUGCCUACGGGAAGGAUGGUGCAACUGCUGAGCAAAUAAGGGAUGCUGUUGAGCUUGCCAAUGCUGCUAAAUUUAUAGAUAAGCUUCCCCAGGGACUAGACACAACGGUUGGUGAACAUGGAAUGCAACUAUCUGGGGGCCAGAAGCAGAGAGUUGCCAUAGCUAGAGCAAUUAUAAAAGACCCGAGAAUUCUACUAUUAGAUGAAGCCACAAGUGCACUUGAUGCAGAAUCUGAGAGAGUUGUACAAGAGGCACUGGAUAGAGUUAUGAUCAACCGAACUACUGUCAUUGUAGCCCACCGGUUAAGCACAAUAAGGAAUGCUGAUACAAUUGCUGUCAUACAUGAAGGAAAAAUUAUUGAGAAAGGACCACACUCAGAACUAGUUAAGGAUAUUGAUGGAGCAUAUAGCCAGCUUAUACAAUUGCAAGAAAUUAACAGUGUGUCAGACCAAGGUUCUUUCAUUGAUCAAGAGGGACUUAUUGUGCACUCGGAAAGGAAUUCAAGCAAGAGGUUGUCUUUAUCACGAUCUAUAAGCCGGGAAUCAUCUGGACUUGGGAACAGCAGUCGUCACUCAUUUUCAAUGUCAUUUGCCGUCCCCACUGCUAUCAAUGCCCUUGAAACACCAGCUGUAGAACCCACUACUUUGGCCUCAUCACCACCAAAAGUAGCUCAGGAAGUGUCACUUCACCGCCUAGCACUUCUUAAUAAGCCAGAGAUCCCAAUUUUACUUUUAGGCUCUAUAUUUGCAGCAUUAUCUGGGAUGGUAUUUCCAGCUUAUGGGGUAGUUCUCUCCAAAGUAGUAAAAACUUACUUUGAGCCUGUGGAUAAACUUCAAAAGGAUUCAAACCUUUGGGCGCUAACCUUUGUUGGCCUUGGUGUUGUAUCUUUACUCGUAGAUCCAUCAAAGUCAUUCCUUUUUGGUGUGGCAGGAUGUAGGCUAAUAAGACGAAUUCGAUCAAUGUGCUUUGAGAAAGUAGUUUAUAUGGAAGUAAGUUGGUUUGAUGAAGCUGAGAACUCUAGUGGAGCAAUUGGUGCAAGGCUUUCUUCUGAUACCGCUUCUGUUCGGCGUCUGGUGGGAGAUGCUCUUGCCUUACUAGUUCAGAAUAUUUCAACUGCAGUUGCUGGCUUGGUUGUUGCAUUUUCAGCAAGUUGGCAAGUGACACUCAUAAUUCUUCUUAUGCUACCUCUACAAGGACUAAAUGGAUACGCUCAAGUCAAGUUCAUGACAGGAUUUAGCGCAGAUGCAAAGAAAAUGUAUGAGGCGGCAAGUCAAGUAGCGAAUGAAGCAGCAGGGAGUAUCAGAACUGUGGCAUCUUUUUGUGCUGAAGAGAAGGUGAUGGAAUUGUACGAGAAGAAAUGUGAAGGACCUAUGAAGAAAGGGAUAAGUCAAGGUGUAAUAAGUGGGAUAGGUUUUGGGCUAUCUUUUUUCUUGCUUUACUCUGUAUAUGCAUGCAGUUUCUAUGCUGGAGCUCGACUUGUUGCAGAUGGCAAGACCCAGUUUUCCAAUGUUUUCCAAGUUUUCUUUGCGCUCACUAUGAUGGCAAUUGCAAUUUCUCAGUCAAGCUCCAUGGUUCCUGAUACAAGUAAAACAAAGAGCGCUGUUGCUUCUAUAUUUGCAAUUCUUGACAGGAAAUCGAAAAUAGACUCGAGCGAUGACUUGGGAACUACAAUUGAAAUAGUAAAGGGAGAGAUUGAAUUUCACCUUGUGAAUUUCAAGUAUCCCACUAGACCUGAUGUGCAAAUAUUCAAGGAUCUUAGCUUAGCCAUUCAUGCUGGCAAGACAGUUGCUCUUGUUGGAGAAAGUGGGAGUGGAAAAUCAACAGUGAUAUCGCUGCUGCAAAGAUUUUAUGACCCGGAUUCAGGUCACAUUACGCUGGAUGGAGUCGAGAUCAAAAAGCUGCAACUGAAGUGGUUGAGACAGCAGAUGGGACUGGUGAGCCAAGAGCCUGUGUUAUUCAAUGACGCCAUCCGAGCCAACAUUGCAUAUGGAAAGGAAGGAGGUGCAACAGAAGCUGAAAUCAUAGCAGCAGCAGAAUUGGCAAACGCACACAAGUUCAUCAGCAGUUUACAGCAGGGGUAUGAUACAGUAGUAGGAGAGAGGGGGGUCCAAUUAUCUGGUGGACAGAAGCAAAGGGUGGCCAUUGCAAGAGCCAUAGUGAAGGCACCAAAAAUACUACUCCUAGAUGAAGCUACCAGCGCUCUUGAUGCAGAAUCUGAGAGAAUUGUUCAAAACGCAUUGGACCGAGUUAUGAUGAACAGGACAACGAUUGUAGUGGCACAUCGGCUGUCAACAAUCAAGGGUGCAGAUUUAAUUGCAGUGGUGAAGAACGGAGUGAUUGCAGAGAAGGGAAAUCAUGAUACUUUAAUCAGUAUAAAGGAUGGAAUCUAUGCUUCUUUGGCGGCUUUACAUACAACUGCCUCAGCUUAGGAAAUGUUCUUUCUCCAUGGAUAAAUAUGCUGCACAAGACAAGAUUGAUCCUUCCAUUUUUUUUAAUUUUUUUUUUAACUUUUAAAUGGACAUGAUUUUCUUCUAAUUAUAUAACUUGUAAGAAAAUUAAUAAUGCAGAAGUUGAAAUAAGUUGAGAAAUGUGAUGGUCUCUACUCUCUAGGGGAUCUUGUUCAAUUAGAACUUUUGCUAAGGC